GCUCGAGCGAGUGGAGUCGUGUUAAUGUCAGGAGUCAUCAUGGCGCUCGGUACAGCUCAGCACGAACAUCCAUUUGAGCAUCUGAUCGACACACUCCAGAGUGAAAAAUAUGAAGAGCGGAGAUACUUCAACCCACAGAAGCUUAGUGAUGCCCGAUAUGAGAAACUUCCAUUCUGCAUCCGGGUUCUGUUGGAGUCCGCUGUCCGUAAGUGUGAUGGGUUCUACGUGAAGACUGAGGAUGUCACCAGUAUUCUGGACUGGCAGAUGCAGCAGAACCAGGCCGAGGUUCCAUUCUCACCUGCCAGGGUUCUGCUGCAGGAUUUUACGGGAAUUCCUGCUAUGGUGGACCUGGCAGCCAUGAGAGAUGCUUUAGCUAAGCUGGGGGUCGAUCCAAACCUGGUGAACCCCAAAUGCCCCACAGACCUCAUCGUAGAUCAUUCUCUGCAGAUCGACUACAGCAAAUGUGCCAUCCAGACCUCUCCGACCCCCGUGGACGACAGAUCUCCUGCCGGCCGGUCAUCUCCCCGCAGCAGCAGUCAGUGUGGGGGUCAUCGACCAGGUCAGAGGGGCAGUUGCAGUAAAGCCUUCUGCUCUGACACCCCCAGUGGCCGAACCCCAGCUGUACAAAUAGAGAACACACCCCUCCUCUGCCCCUUCCACCUACAGCCCGUGUCAGAGCCAGAAACAAUGAUCAGAAACCAAGAGCUGGAGCUGAACAGAAACAAAGAGAGGCUGCAGUUUUUCAAGUGGUGUUCAAAAACCUUCAAAAAUGUCAACGUAGUUCCGCCAGAUAUUGGCGCCGUACAUCAGGUGAAUCUAGAGUACCUGUGUCAGGUGGUACAGGAAGAGGAGGGGUUUAUUUAUCCAGACAGUGUGGUGGGAACAGAUUCCCACACCACCAUGAUCAAUGGCCUCGGCAUCCUUGGCUGGGGAGUCGGAGGUAUUGAAUCAGAGGCAGUCAUGUUAGGUCAGCCAGUGUCUUUGACUUUGCCUCAGGUCAUUGGCUGUAAACUUGUUGGCUCCAUCAAUCCUCUUUCCACGUCUAUUGACAUUGUCCUGGGCAUCACAAAGCACCUGCGUCAAGCUGGAAUCGGAGGAAAGUUUGUGGAGUUUUUCGGACCGGGUGUGUCACAGCUUUCUGCUCCUGAUCGGACCACCAUCGCUAACAUGUGCCCGGAGUAUAACGCCACCAUCAGCUUUUUUCCUGUGGAUGACAUCACCCUGGAGCACUUUAGACACACCAUCUGCAGUGAAGAAAACCUUGUGGUUUUAGAAGACUACCUGAAGGCUGUGAAACUCUUCAGAAGUUAUGACGACCAAUCAGAAGAGCCACAUUACUCCGAGGUCAUUGAGAUGAACUUAAGCUCCAUUGUGCCUCAAGUCAGUGGACCCAAACGGCCGCAGGACAGAGUGGCCGUAACUUGCAUGAAGGAAGACUUCAUUAACUGCCUGAAUGAGAAGGUGGGAUUUAAGGGCUUCCACAUAUCCAAAGAGAAGCAGGGAACUCUGGUACCGUUCCUGCACAAGGGGGCGGAGUACAGCCUGGCACACGGGUCUGUCGUUAUUGCGGCCGUCAUCAGCUGCACUAAUAACUGCAACCCAUCCGUCAUGCUUGCCGCAGGUCUGUUGGCGAAGAAAGCCGUUGAGGCUGGACUGUUGGUAAAACCGUAUAUCAGAACCAGUCUGGUGCCCGGCAGCGGGACUGUUACACAUUACUUGAACACCAGUGGAGUCCUGCCCUUCCUCAGAAAACUCGGGUUUGAAGUGGUUGGUUAUGGAUGUGCCACUUGUGUGGGAAACACAGCGCCUUUACCUGAGAGUGUGGUGGACGCUAUUAAACAGGGUGAUUUGGUGGCAUGUGGCGUGCUGUCUGGUAACAGACAUUUAGAAGGACGCCUGUGUGACUGUGUGCGGGCAAAUUAUCUGGCCUCGCCCCCGCUGGUGGUGGCGUAUGCAAUCGCAGGCACAGUCAGUAUUGACCUGGAGACAGAACCACUGGGUGUGAACUCUGAAGGGAAGGAUGUAUAUCUAAGGGAUAUCUGGCCUUCCAAAGAGGAGGUGCAGUACACAGAGGAGAACAUUGUCAUCGCCUCCAUGUUCAAAGAGCUGAGGAGCCGAAUGGAGAAAGGAAAUAUGUUCUGGAACAGUUUAGACUCUGCAGAAUCCGCCCUCUACCCAUGGGAUCCCAAAUCCACCUACAUCCGCUGUCCGUCCUUCUUUAAUAAACUGUCUAAAGAGGUGUGCUCUCCUCAGUCCAUUGACAGUGCUCACGCUCUGCUCUUUCUGGGUGAUAAAGUUACGACUGAUCACAUCUCUCCAGCUGGUAGCAUCUCUAGAGUCAGUCCUGCUGCCAGAUACCUGCAGAGCAAACGUUUGACCCCUCGUGAGUUUAACUCUUAUGGUGCACGGAGAGGAAACGAUGCAGUGAUGACUCGAGGAACAUUUGCCAGCAUAAAGCUUCAGAACCGGCUCAUCGGAAAGACCGGACCCAAAACACUGCACAUUCCAUCAGGACAGAUGCUGGAUGUGUUUGAAGCUGCUGAGCGCUAUCAGAGAGAUGGAGUUCCUCUCAUUAUCCUGGCAGGAAAAGAGUACGGCUCGGGCAGCUCACGGGACUGGGCUGCUAAAGGACCCUAUUUACUGGGAGUGCGUGCUGUGAUAGCUGAGAGCUUUGAGAAGAUUCAUAAGAAUCAUUUGGUGGGAAUGGGGAUCGCUCCACUGCAAUUUCUGCCAGGACAGAAUGCCGACUCGCUGGAGCUGUGUGGAAAAGAGCGAUUCACCAUCAACAUCCCACAAGAGCUCACACCCAGACAACAGCUCACAGUACAGACGAGCACGGGAAAGAGUUUCAGCGUGGUGGCUCUUUUUGAGAACGAGAUGGAUGUGGUGUUUUUCAGACAUGGAGGAAUCCUGAAGUAUGUGGCUCAUUCUCUUUUGCAGUAGUAAAAUCAGACUCAUAGACACCCCAUGGACCUCUCAGCACAGCGCCACCUUGAAGCCUUCAGGAGGUGUAUGAACUCAAACUGUGCCUCUUGUUUGCUGAAUCCUCCGCGCCAGAAGGAUGUCAUUCUUUUGCACUUAAAAAGAAAUGUUCAGUGGUUCUCUCCAAAUCAUUCUUUCCACAAUCUGGCAUGAUGGAAAGCCUGCAAGACCGUCGCAGUCUGGUUGUGGAGUUAGAGCUCUGUUUAAUUUGAUUUGAACAUUUCAUACUGCAGUGCCUGCAACAUGUGUCAAGAAACUUUCCAUCCAUGUGAAAGCUUUGAGUGUUGAACUCAAAUACUGCAUGAUGACUUCACUGUCGAUGAGGCCUGGGAUCUAAAACAGGCUUCAUUCUUCUCUCAUGGUGCUGAUUUUGACACGGGCACAUUGAUAUGGAGUAAAAGUGUUCACACA